AUGGAGAGAAUGACUGUGUUUCUUGGUCUCUUGAUCACUUCGCAGACAGAUAACCAGCUUACAAAUGAAAAACAUACAGAUGAAAAGCCUAUGAAAGGUAUUGUUAUGAGUUCUGUCGCAGAAUUCAGCAUCACAAACGCUUCAUCAAAGGGUACCAAAAAUGAGAAGAAAUUGUCAGACGCGAGCACAUCAUCCAUCGCUUCCCUGGAGAAAUGCAGAGAAUUCACUUACAUUGAAGAUGACGCAUCAGUACAUCAGAGAGACAGUGACGAUGAAUGCGCAACGCUUAUCCUGGCCUGCUUGUUCUGCCAAUUUUGGGACUUUCUUAUAAUGCUGCCUGAUACCUGUGAACAUUGGCUGACAGAUACCUGUUGUCCAUACAAUAGAUACUACCAGACAUCCAACGAAGACCACACCAACAAUGACUGCAACUGUGACUGUGACAUUGAUUGCAGCAUUUUUGAGUCCUGCCACGAGACUGGUGAAUGCCUGGAGCUUGCCAUGGAGAUUUCCGAAGUCUGCUAUCGCUAA